AUGGAGGUAGCACCAGCCGAGGAGCCCUGGCGCCGCGGCCUCUUCGACGACGACGAUUACAUGAAAGCGCCGGCGACGCCGCCGCGACCGCCACCGGCACCAGCGUCAACGACCGACGACGCGCCGUCCAAGGCGCUGCGGGCGCUCGCGCGCGCGCUCGCGACACCAGAAAAGCCGCCGCCGCCGACGCCUCCUCCAGUGAAGCCGCCGUCGCCCGUCAACGUUCACCAUGAGACGGACGCCGCGGCGGCUGCUGCAAAAGCCAUGGAGUCCCGAUUUAACCACGCUACGGCGCGUUUGAUGGAAUCCGACCAGAGGCUCCACGCGGCCGAGAAGGAGAGAGAUAGAGCUAUAGAUGGAGAAGCUAGAGCUUUACUUGAGCUCGAGGCCGCGACGCAGCGAUGCGCCGCGGCGGAGGCCGCACGAGCGGCAUCGGACGCGCGGUCUUUAUUCAUGGAGGCGCGGUCGCAUGACGACGGCGGCGACGCGGCGCGGCGGGCGCUGGCGGACGUGCGCAAGGAGCUCGACUCUGUAAGGGCCGAACUACUCCGGGAGAGGCACGCGCACUUUGAACGAGCGGAACCGCCCGACGCGAUGGCAGAGACGUGGACGCGCGCCGUCGACCCAUCCACAGGCUACGCCUACCGCUUCGACGGGAAGGGCAACUCCGUCUGGGAGGCCGCGGACCCGCCCGACGAACGAGAGGUCGAGGAGGCCUACUUUUCGACUGUUGAGGAGGAGGGUCCCCAGACAAUGCUAGCGGCAACUCAGAUCGAGUGCUCCCAGUUGAAAGCGCAUUGUGCAUCACUGCAAGCGCAGGUCGCGUCCAUGCAUCGCGACGCGGUCGCGCUGCGGAAGGAGUUCGUGAAGGCAACGGGCGACCGCGACGCCUGGCGCGCCGCCUGCGAGGACGCGCGGCGGCCGCCGCGCGACCCCGACGCCGCCAGCCUUCGCGCGGAAUUGAUGGAGGCCCGCCGCGAGCUCGAGAAGCGCGGCCGGGAACUCGCCGUUGAACGGUGCAGGGCCCAGGCGGCGGUCCGGAAGCGCGAGACUAUUUUGAAACGGAACGAGGCGCUGGAGGAGGAGGUCGCGGCGCGGCGUCCUUCUUGCCAUCGCUGCGCGUCGCGUCGAGUCGCGCGCCAUCGUCGCGCGUCACGCAACACGCCAUCGCCGCGUGUCACGGUCGAGUCGGGGGUCCAAAGUAAGUAACGACGCAGGUCGCGACGGCGAAGCGUUUGGCAGCGGAGGCGAAGCUCGCCGCGCGCGCGCGCCGGGGCUUCGACGCCCCUGAUGUAAUUGAGGCGCGGCGCGAGACGAAGGAGGCCCUCGGCAAGGCCGCGGAUUUAGCAAGGGAGGCCGCACGCGUCGCGACGCAUCUGGCCGGCGCGCGCACCGAGGCCGACGCCGCCAAGGCCGAAUUAACAGAUCUGAGAAUCAAGCUCGCCGCGGCCGUCGAGGCGUCCACAGUGGAAAAGCGCAAGAGCUUCGCGGCGGCCAAAAACGCGGAGGCGGCGCGGGCCCAGCUGCUUAAACAAAUAACAAGGGCCGACGCGCUCGCGGCCGGCAAGGCCUCGGCCGACGCCGCGGCGGCUCAUUCAAAGCGCGUCGCCGAACGCGCGAAGGACGCGGCGCACACGCGCGUCUCGCGGGCCGCCGCCGAGUUCACGCGCUACCGCGAGGCCGUCGAGAGGCGCCUGCGGGACACGGCCCCGCCACCGCCGGCGGCGUUCGAGCGCAUGGGCAGCGCGUCGGCGCGGCACCUUCGCAAGAAGCGCGUGUUGUCUCCUUCUGUCCACCCGCGGACGCCCGUGGCGACGACUCGGCGGGGGUAUGGGCGGUAA